AUGGAAGCCCUCUACGUGCGCUAUCUCAUUCCGCUCAAGAACUACCUCAUGCUCGACUGCCUCGGUGGUCCGCGCCCGCUCCAGCUGCGCUACGUCGUCAACCUCCAGAAAGGCGGCACGUUUCCCGUCAUGCUAUGCCUCAUGUACUACUUCGACAACUGGUCCAUGGCCGCGUGCCUCUAUACAGCGAACCAUGGCUCGUACGGCCUCGUGUGGCUCCUGAAGGACCUCAUUCUGCCCGACAAGGCGUGGACACCGUACAUUACGAUACCGUCGACGAUCGUGACCGCGCUCGUCCUCGUCGGGUACUGGGGCGCCGGCUACAUUGUGAUUGCGCAUCGCGUCGACGUCGCACCGGGCCUCACGUGCCUCUGCACGACCAUGAACAUCCUCGGCACCGUGCUCAUGAUCGGCGCCGACACGCAAAAGGAUGGCUGGCUCACGUGGAGCCGCAACACCAACUACCUUGGUGAGAUGCUGCUGUACCUGUCCUUUGCGCUCUGGGCCCGCCAUUGGUUUCCGUUUGCUGUGCUUGGCUGCGUGUGGAGCAUUCUCUUUUUGUCCAACAUGACAGCGAAAGAGCUCUCGUUCUGCAAAAAAGAAGGCGGCCCGGCGUACAUGGCCCGUACCGGAUUCCUCUUUCCCAAUGUCAUGGGUUGGUGGACGCACUUUAUGGCGCGAACGCCCAAGACGCGCACGAGUUGA